UCAAAAUUUCCCCUCAUAAAACAAAAACACAAUCCAAUCACUUCGCAGUAAACCCAAAACAAUGGUUGCUCUACAAUCCGUCGAUUCAUCAUCAAAUUCAGGUUCGUCGGCGACAAUCUCCGCCGUCCACCAUGACGUCCUGAGAUCCCACAUCCUAAACCGCCUCGACGGCCCCGCUCUGGCCGCCCUCUCCUCCGCGUCGCCGGACCUCCGCUCCACGAUCUCCACCGACGACGAACUCUGGCGGAACAUCUGCGCCUCCACGUGGCCUUCCGUCAACAAUCCCGAACUAGCCUCCCUGAUCCCGACCUUCAACCACGGCUACCGCUCCUUCUUCUCCGACUCCUUCCCGGCAAUCCACCUCUCCGGCGCCACGGGGAAUCCGGAUCCGGAAAUCACGGGACUAAUCUCCGCCGUCGACAUUUACUACGGAGAUUCCCCGAUUUUUUCGAAAGUCGCGGAGACGGAGACCGUGACGUCGUGGUUCCAGACGGCGCCGUUUCGAAUCGAGCUGCUGGAGGCGAAGGAGGUGGUCCCCACGGGGAUCCGCGACUACUCCGCCGGUUCGGCGGCGGCUGGGAAGGAGGCGGAGGACGCGUGGCUGAGGCAGCUGGAGGAGAAUCUGCGGGUGAGCUGGAUCGUGAUCGAUCCGGCGGGGAGGCGGUCGGCGAAUCUCUCGAGCGGCGUGGCGGUGGCGGCGCGGCACCACUGGCUGACCGGGGAGGUCCAGGUGAAAUUCUCGACGGUGGCGGCGGAGGGGGCGGAGGGGGAAGGUGGGGAGGCGGCGGAGUGCGGGGUGGUGGUCACGUGCGGCGGGGAGGAAGGAGGGGAGGUGCACGUGCGGGAUAUUUAUUUGGGGAUGGAGGACAUGGAAGGGCGGAGCCUGUGCGGGAGGGACAGUUUGGGAAUUUUGCGUGGGGCGAUGGAAGGGGAGCGGCGGCGGCGCGUGGAGACGAGGGAGGAAGGGAAGGAAAAGUACGAGAGGUUUUUGGAGAGGAAGAGGGAGUGGAAACGGCGCGUUGAGAGGAGAGAGAAGGUUCUCGAUACGCUGUGUGUUGCCACUGGGGUCGCUUUUUUCCUGACGUUCUUGGCCUUCCUUUUGAUGUGAGAACUAGGGACAAAAUAGUCAUUAGACACUUUUUUAUAGUGAAAUUUAAUUUCAUUCUGUGUAAAUACUAAAUUAAAUACAUUUCAGUAAAGUUGUAAUUUUUAUUGCAAAAAAUGUCGAACCAAUACUUUGAUCGAUGUUGUAUUGUACAUGUGUGUGGCCACGUAGAAUGGAGCAAAUUGUUUCGAUUUUGGAUGACCGAGAAUCGCUUGACGUAUGAGCUCACACUUUGUUCGAUGUUUGGUCGUUGAACGAUUUGCGUUGUAUUUAGUGAUAUUUGGUGAACAUGAUAGCUCGAUUAUCAUUGUUUUUUUUAGGUUAAAUAAUAAACGUGUCUGUACUCGUGACACAUAAGAAAACGUUUGAUGUUCA